AUGUGUUUUUGGGUGCUUUUUUCUUUCUCAGAGUUGGCGGGCAGCAGUAGAGAGGAUCGUAGAGAUGCUGGCAUAUUUGCUGUGAUGAUUGGGGUGAUUUGGAGAAGAUUGUUGGAUUGGUUCUUAGCUAGAGAAGAUAAUGGUUCCGAUAAUGUCACUAAUCACCCAGAUGUUUGGUGUCCGCCAAUGGAAGGAUGGUUGGAAUGUAAUAUAGACACAAGUUUCAAUAGUGAUCGUGGUGCAACAAAUAGAGAUUGGUGUGUAAGAGAUCAUUUGAGUAGUUUCAUUUUUGGGGUGGCCUGA